AUAACUGCAGCAGCAACCUGUUCAUAAUUCGUUUAAUAAUUCUUGAAGAUCCGGAAGCAGUCACAAAUUGGGCUGCAAAAUAUAUCAUGAAAAGGAUACUUGAAUUCCAGCCUUCAGAAUCUCGUCAUUUUACACUUGGUCUACCAACUGGUUCCACUGUGGUCGGUAUGUACCAGCGAUUGGUUGAUUAUCAUCACGAGGGCAAGCUUAGUUUUCGUUAUGUGAAAACUUUUAAUAUGGAUGAAUAUAUCGAUUUAUCGCAUGAACAUCCACAAUCUUAUCAUUAUUAUAUGUAUCAUAAUUUUUUCAAA